ACCCGCGGUGGCAGCCGGGACGUCGGCGGACUGUGUGUGCCUGCGCGAGGAAGGGUGCGUGUCCCCAGUGUCCGCUCCGGUCGCCCGGUUAGGAAUGCGCCUCACGAACCCGCAGGGUGGUGUUAUAUUUGACGAAACGCUAGCGGAGACUGUGGUCUAAGAAGAGUCAUGGUUUGAAAUCGUUUACACCAUUAGUAUCUGACUGUGAGUUUGAUUCAUUGAGCUAGCUGGCGUUAGCCCGCUUCGUUGAUUCAUAGCACGCUAGGUCGCUAGCUGUGUAGCAUACCUGCUAGCCGGCUAGCUAGCUAGUGAGCUAGUUUCAGUGCUACUGCCAAUCCAGUCGAACAGGAGAGAACCGGACUGACUGCUGAACACAGUCGCCGUUUCGGGGAGGAGAGGUGGUGGCAGGCGGGAGAACGCGACGGAGAGGAAGUGAGUCAGGAGCGGCUGAUGAGUUCAGACCAGAGCGGAGAGCCGCCGCUGCUGCAGGAGGACCCCGGACCGGAGACCGGUGGGAAGGACGAGGCUCCGCUGGGGAGCGACGGAGGGUCAGGCGGCAUGGUCACCUCUAAGGGUGCCGGUUUGAACCCAAAUGCCAAAGUGUGGCAGGAGAUGCCCGUGGCCCCCAGCGAGGCUGUUACCAACAGCCCUCAUUGGCCCCCCGCAGACAUCAGUGAGGGUUAUUCUGAGCCUUCGUCUGCGGGGUGUAAGCCGUUCACCGUGGGAUUCACGGCCCUGGAUGACAGCAGCUCCUCGGCAACAGCUGAGAUAGCAGUAAAUGGAAUGGACCCUCCAGAGUUGGGCGUUUCCCCCGCCGAGUCCACCACGGGGAUCCCAGCAGAUUCUAAAACUGAAGAGCCGCCUCAGAUCUCCUCUGAGAAUCUACGAGAGUCUCUGAAGAAGGAGCUGGAGUUUUACUUCUCCAGAGAGAACCUCUCAAAGGAUUUGUACCUGAUGUCCCAGAUGGACAGUGACCAGUUUGUCCCCAUUUGGACUAUUGCCAGCAUGGAGGGCAUCAAGGUCCUCACCACUGACAUGGACCUCAUCCUGGAUGUGUUGAGAUCCUCUCCUAUGGUACAAGUGGAUGAGAAAGGGGAGAAAGUGCGUCCAAAUCACAAGCGGUGCAUUAUCAUUCUCAGGGAGGUACCUGAAACCACUCCUGUUGAGGAAGUGGAGGCACUGUUCAAAAAUGACAACUGUCCAAAAGUGAUCAGUGUUGAGUUUGCGCACAACAACAACUGGUACAUCACAUUCCAAUCAGACACCGACGCUCAGCAGGCAUACAAGUAUUUGAGAGAGGAAGUAAAAACAUUUCAGGGAAAACCCAUUAUGGCCAGGAUAAAGGCCAUCAACACAUUCUUUGCAAAGAAUGGCUACCGUAGCAUGGACAGCAGCCUGUACGCACAGCAGUCCCAGAUCCAGUCCCAGUACAGCUCUCCGCUCUACAUGCAGCACGUCUACCCCCAGCAGCAGUACCCGGUCUACGGCAUCGUACCUCCCACCUGGACGGCUUCGCCCACACCGUACUUUGAAACUCCUCUGGCCCCGUUUCCCAACAGUAGCUUUGUGAAUGGAUUUGGCUCAGCCGGACACUACAAAACUGGCUCCAAUUCUCUUAAUAUCACUCGCCCAUUCAACAGAAACCGUGUCCCCCUCUAUUCAAGAAAGAAUGUAAUAAAUGCCUUCAGGAACCAUGUGAAGCCCCAGGUGAGGACAGGUGAGGUGACCUCAGCGUCAGUAACCCCUGUCCCCCUGGAGAGUCUGACUGGACUGCGCAGCCCCCAGCCCCCUGCUCCCCUCGCCACCCUGCCGGUCCAGGCCGCCUCUGACCUGAGCUCCGCGUUCUCACAUCUUUCCUCCUCUUCCUCGUCUUUGGAUCCCAGUGAUGACAGCGGCAUGGCUGGACGUGGAAGACGGAGCACAACCUACCGAGGAACACGGAGGAGGCGAGAAGAUGACCGGAUUGCGAGGCCUGUACCGCUAGCAGAGAUCAAGGUUUCUCAACCGAAGUUUGACUUGGCCGCUACCAAUUUCCCACCACUUCCUGGCUGCGUGGUCAGCACACAGGGAGAGCCAGUGCUGGAGAACCGAAUGUCGGAUGUUGUACGCGGGUUGUACAGGGACAAGACAGAACAAGCCAAUAAAGAAGCCACUGUGAGUCCAGCUUCAGGCCCCACCCCAGUCACAGAGGAGGCUGUGGCGGUCUCCAGUCCUGCCCUGCCAGCAGCCAAACCUGCUGCACUCCCACUCGGACCCCCGGUCUCUGGUAUCCCUCGCCAGGAGAAGAGGGUUGAACGGGCGGAGCCUCUAGCUCCAAAAGUGGCUCCACGCACGCCAGUUCAAACUACCGUAAUCCCACCCCCCACCACACAACCUGUGCCUAACCCCAGGCCUCAGCCCCCUGCUGCUGCUGCUGCUUCUGUUGCGGCUGCUGCUGCUCCUCUUGCUGCUGCCCCCGUCACCUCCACACCAGCGACUCCAAGCACGCCGGCUCCUGCUGCGGCCCCCCCUCCUCCCAGCGCCACACAGGAGCCACGCAAGCUCAGCUACGCCGAGGUGUGCCAACGGCCACCCAAGGACCCUCCACCUGCGGCCCCUGCCCCAGUUUCCACAGGCACAGCGUCUGGCCAGCCGCUACGCGAGUUGCGCGUGAACAAAGCUGAGGAUCAGGGCUCCGGCAGCGUUGCUGGAGACAAGCAGGAGAAGGUCCAUGACAGGGAGGGGGGGUGGGAAUGCAAGGAGAGCCGACCUCCACGUGAUCGUGACUCUCAAGGCUACUACCGCAGCAACGGCCCCAGAGGCAACGGGGGCCUCAAGUUUCGGGAACAGAGGCGCCCGCCUCCAGCCCGACGCAGCUCUCCGCAGGGAGGCUACAGGCACACUGGCAAAGAGCAGAAUAUCCCUCCAGUAUCGCCAAAGUAAAAACUCGACAUGAAUAGAAAAAAGAUGUUUGAAUAUAUACAUGGAUAUAUAUAAUUAUAUAUAAAAAUGAAUAACAUAAAAGCAACAACAUAAUGGUAGCCACCUUCCCCCUGGAACUUGUCCACAGAAAAGCUUUUUAAAAGACAUUAAGACCGGGACAUCCAGGACCAAUGGGCAAAAUGACACCUGAAGAACUUUGAUGAAUUAUUUGAAAAGGAAACAAAUCUUGUUUUGACCUCCAGCAUUAUGCUUAAAAGAAUUGUAAGUGUCUGGAGGAAGUCUCAUUUACGCCCUGCUAGGGAAAGGUGGGAUGCUGAGCCUCGUAAAUGGCUCUCUACCUUUUUCUUUGAUUUUAAAGAAUAGAUGUCUGCAAGAACAAUAUGCACUAAGAAGAAAAGAACAUGCAUAUAUGUCAUGUACAUAUACAAAGAUAUCACUAACACGCAAUGAGACAUCAGUUUGUUUUUUCCGUGUGUGCUUAGGUUUGCAAGUAUGACUGAAAGGUUGACUGAUGUCUGUGUAUGCAUUGAUUGUUAAGCAAUUUGAUUGAAGUGCUACAGUGUGCUGCUGCACUGAUGUAAAGAAAUUGAUGAUGUUUAAUUUUUACAUCCGACUCACAAUCAUUGUCCUGAAACUGGACAGUGUGGCUUCUAAUGUAUAUUAAUGAAAUGUGUUCUAUGGUGGUAUUUUGAUCCUGGUUCAUAAUUGGCUAAAAUUGUAUCAGUCGGAUAUCAGAAAGUGUCGCUGUACGCCACAGUCAAAUGUGUGGUUUUGUUUGAAGCCGAAAUCCACUUUGGGGUUCUCACUGGCCCGUUAGCCACCGUUAACCCGCUAGCCUGGUCCAAAGUUUUUCAUGUUUAAGUUUUAUCUUUAUUAAUCUGAAACUGUUUUGGUUAUGGAUUCAGAACAUUGUCAUGUUGAUAAUCAGUCAGGUUCUCUGUUUACAUGUUUGUUUUUGGUAGUAGGGUGACGUUUUCAAGGAGAAAAAAAAAACAAUAGGUUAAUAAGAUUUGACUGUUCAGUGCGCCUGGUUAAGGUGAGGUUUGGCUUUUCUACAUCAUCAAUGGAUAUCCAGGUUAAGCUUAUAUCUGUGAAUUGUUCUUAACAAUGGCAUAGUGUCAAAAAUAGUCUGAGGAGUGCUGUUAGCUGAGGAUGAUAGCUACAUGAUAUCUGGCAGCCAUGUCGUGGUUAUAAAGAAAAUUGGAACAUUUUCACGUGCUAUGUGCCAGCUGCCUACGAUCAUAGUGUGCUAGGAUAACGUUUUGAUUUUUAUUGACAGGUCUGCUAAAUAAUGUAGUCUUGGGCAAACCUUUGGCCCAGUGAAACUGGAUUUUGAAGAAGCUGUAGAGGUGUAGUUGCCUAUGCUAUAUUUCGAUUACCCUUCACUAGAAAAUGUGUGUGGGAGAAUGUAAUUGUUCUAGUACUGAAUUAACAGAGAGAGGCUUUUGACAGCACCUAUCCACCAUAUUGUUUGUGCUUUUAGGGUGAGUUUGCUGGUUUCUUUUCUUUUAUUUCCUGUUUUUUAUUUUCUCCCUUUUUUUAUUUUUGAAAAACAAAAGGAUUGACUUAGAAUUUGAAGUUUGACUCACUGUAUGUAUUGCUUUUUAAAUGUAUUUAUUUUAAUUCUGAUGCACAACGCUUUUCUCCCAAUCUUGGUAGGCUGGUUUCCCCAAAGUUGUGUGAAAUCGCAUUGGCAAAAAAUAAAAUCACGCAUAUGACAUUUAUAUACUGUUGGAAAUGUCAGCUGAGCAAACAUACUUGAUGCAUUGACUUUUGGGUUAGUAAUGCAGUAAAAUGAGUAACCAAUCACUGGGGCUGUUAUUUUUUAGUAUGAGCAGCUAGUGAUUUAGUAUAAUUAAAUAAAUGCACUAACUUGUUUUAAAAAAGAAUCUUACUCAUAAGUAAUGUGAAAUCAUUUUAGAAGCAUAUGGUUGAUGUUAACAUGCUUGCAAAUUCCAGGAUUACAGGAAUUCCCCCCCUCCAAAUGUUUGGAUUAUUUUCUGUUAAUUUGGGUUGGGGUGGCAAAAAGAAAUAUAGUAAUGGAUCAACCAAGUGUUUGAGACACAAUCCUAGAACUGUAUGAAAUGUCACCAAAAAAUAAAUUAUUUUGAUUUGG